AUGGCUGAUCGUCGUCGUACCAAUGCGCCUGCAGGCGGCACAUCUGCACCACUGUUCGUUUCCAACACAGAGUCACAACGACCCACUCGCCAACGAUCUUCAUCCACGCCUCGUAAAAUCUUCCUACAGACAGGUCUUGUGCCAUCUGCCUCUGGAUCCGCAUACUUCGAAUUGCACCCUUCCACCGAUACCGCAAGAACCACUCUCGUCGCCCAAAGUGGCACUCUCAAACUCACUUGCACUGUUCACGGCCCACGACCAUUACCUCGCACCGCCGCUUUCAGCCCGAAUCUAUUGCUCAGCACACACGUCAAGUUUGCGCCAUUCGCCAGUCGCCAAAGAAGAGGAUACCUUCGCGAUACUGCAGAGAGAGAUCUUGGAUUACACUUGGAGACAGCAUUGCGAGGAGUCAUCAUUGGCGGGCGCUGGCCCAAAUCUGCCGCAGAGGUCGUCAUCACAGUCUUGGAGAGCGAGGAGGACGACUGGUGGCGCGAUGACGAUGCCAGCAAGAAAAACAUCGGAGGCGUGGGCUUGAUGAAUGUGCUCGCUGGCUGUGUCACUGCAGCAAGCGCAGCUUUAGUGGAUGCCGGGAUCGAUUGCGUGGAUCUUGUGUCUGGCGGUGUUGCUGCACUGGCCGGAGAAGGAAAAGGAGAAUUAGUGCUGGAUCCUUGCCCGAGUGAACACAAUGAUUUGCGUGCGGCUGCUGUGGUCGCUCAUCUCCAAUCGAGAGAUGAACUUACAGAGUUGUGGGUCAAGGGCGACGCUGGUGAAGGCUUCGAGACUCUGGUCGAUCGUGCUGUUGAUGCUGCAGGUCUGUCGAGAAGUGUGCUUGCUGAAGCCGUGAGAGAUGCUGCUGAGGUCAAGACUGCUCCUCAGGCUAUGGAUACUGGCAAGCAAGAGGUGGUCAAGGCUACUGAUGUCGACAUGACGGGUUGA